GCUCAGGCGGCACCGGGGAAUUAAAAGAGAGAGCGAAAAGCUCCCGCAGAAACGCGCGCCUCGCGUCCCCCGGCCGCGGCGUGAUGCACACGGCCUGGCCCGUGACGCCGCGGCCACCCCCGUCCCCGCGCCCCAGCUGCCAUCGCGCGCCCGGCUCUGGGACCCCGGUGUCCGCCCUCGCUCUCCAUGGGGCUGCGGCGCUGGCUACGGAGCGCCUGCUGCUGCUGCCGGUGCUGGUGCCUGGAGGAGCCCGCGCGGCCCGAGAAGGAGCCGCUGGUCAGUGGUAACAAUCCGUAUUCCUCAUUUGGAGCAACUCUGGAGAGGGACGAUGAGAAGAAUUUAUGGAGCAUGCCUCAUGAUGUGUCCCACACAGAAGCAGACGACGACAGGAUCUUGUACAAUCUGAUAGUCAUCCGUAAUCAGCAGACCAAAGACUCAGAGGAGUGGCAAAGACUCAACUAUGACAUCUACACCCUGAGGCAGAUUCGCAGGGAAGUGAGAAACAGAUGGAGGCGAAUCUUAGAGGACUUGGGUUUUCAAAAGGAAGCCGACUCUUUGCUGUCAGUGACCAAACUCAGCACCAUGAGCGAUUCUAAAAACACGAGAAAAGCCCAAGAGAUGCUGCUGAAACUGGCUGAAGAGACCUCCAUCUUCCCAGCCAGCUGGGAGCUCUCCGAGAGGUAUCUCUUGGUCGUGGACCGUCUCAUUGCUCUUGAUGCUGCUGAAGAAUUCUUUAAAAUUGCUAGCCGAACUUACCCCAAGAAGCCUGGGGUCCCUUGCCUGGUAGAUGGCCAGAAAAAACUGCACUACCUUCCAUUUCCAAGUCCCUGAAGGAUGGCCCGGAAGAAGAGUGGGAUUCUUUCACCAUGACACAGUAAUUCACCAAAGUUGGACGGCUGCCUGUGGUUGUGAGUGAGCCAGGAAGACAAAUUUCUACACUCAAACAGGAUUCUGAAUCCUACAGAAUGAGACGUCUUCCUUAGGACCUUAGCCUAAGAAGGCUCUGCUUGUGUUA